UUGCUCCACACGGACAUGAACCAAGAGAAAGAAAAGAAAAACAGAACCUUGCUACCCAAGCUUUCCAACUUAAUUUCAUUUCAGGAGCUAAAAAACCAGGCAGAGCUAUAAAGGGAGGGUGAGAGAAAGGAGGCAAAAUCUCAGAAUUCUGUAAUCCAUUAGCCUCCAAGACAAAGGUGGGAAGAUGAAGAGGGAGGGUCGACAACAUGGGAUGGUUAGGAGCUACGCCAUCUUGCCAUCGCCAUGGAACCCAAGACCCAAUUCCAGAAUUGUCAACAAACUCGGUUCACCUCCGACCGCCGGAAUUUACACCAGAGUGUCGUCGAAGCCGACCAAUCACUCGAAAUUCACAGGAAAAUGUGGUCGACCCAAGUGUGAGGAGUGUCAUAUCCACCCUGCUGGCAAGUCGAAGGACAAGGCUAAGGGGACCCAGAAGCUCAGGUCGUCCGACGUGGUGACGAAUCAUCGAUUGGUUGCUUGGAGAGUCGUGGAUAAAGGCCAAGGAUUGAAUUAUGCCGGGCUAUCUGCAACGGCAAUUCUCAGUCAUUUGUCCAGCUGCAAUGACCUCUGGGACGAUGAAGACGAAGAGUACUAUGCCGACGACGCUUAUAACGAUUCUCAUGGGUUAGGGGAUAGUGAUCCGGUCGAAGCAGUUGAGUCGGGAGAAACUGAUGAAGUUGUUGAUGAUGACGACGAUGAUUGUAUGAGUUUUUGUGAUGUCGGAUUUGUGUUGGAACAGAUUGAUGGUGAUGAAGGUUGGUGCUUAGUGGCCGAGAUGUGAAUGUUUGACUGAAUCCUUGAAUUGUCAAUUUCAGUAAUAAUUGAAUAGAGAGGGAGGGGAUCUGAUUAUUUGUUUGAUCUCAAUCUCUCAAUCUCUAUGUGUGUAUGUGUUUCUUGUUCAUUGUUGCAAGUUUCUUCUUCCUGGUAUCUCGUUUAUUGAAAGACGAAGCGUGAUCACCCAGCAAGAAAUGCGUCAGCUUUUGUGUUUCCUGUGUACGGAAUGAUGGAAAUACGUGGUCAGAAUUACAUCAUUAGUGAAAUAUUAAUGUCCACUAAUCAGUAGUUACGAUA